ACAGAACACCCUAUAGAUAGGGUGUUCUGUGUUAGUGUUGAGGUUGGGUGAAUACUGAAUAUUAGUUGUUAGUUUGGAGAUGAGUUUUGGGAAAUUUGUGAUUUGAAUUGAUGUGAUUAGUGUACGAUUCACAUUAUUGUUUUCACUAUGAGUGUGGAUCAUAAAAAAUCUCCUAUAAUGACUAAAGAGUUUGAUGAGGGUUCAGAGCCUACAGCAGCAGUAAAUAAAAAGGGUGUCCUCACUUCAUUCUUAACUGGUAAAAUUAUGAAUAUACCAGAAUCGGACAUGUUGGGAAGAUGCAGGUUUGUUUCUGAAUUUGAAAAACUCAACAGAAUUGGUGAAGGAACCUAUGGUGUAGUGUAUCGGGCAAAGGAUACUGCGACUGACAAAAUAGUUGCUCUGAAAAAACUACGGAUGGAGGGAGAGCAUGAUGGAAUACCUGUUAGCAGUUUACGAGAAAUACAAGUUUUGCUAAAUUGUAAACAUGAAAAUAUCGUCUUUCUCAAAGAAGUUGUGGUUGGUCGAAGUUUGGAGAGUAUUUUUUUGGCUAUGGAAUACUGCGAACAAGACUUGGCAUCACUUUUGGACAAUAUGCAGGCCCCUUUCACAGAAUCCCAAGUCAAAUGUAUCAUGUUACAAGUUUUACGUGGAUUACGAUAUUUGCACCAUAAUUUCGUUGUUCAUAGAGACCUUAAAGUAUCGAAUUUACUGAUGACUGAUAAAGGAUGUGUAAAAAUUGCCGAUUUUGGUCUGGCGAGGUGGUUUGGGGUGCCUCUGAAGCCGAUGACUCCUCGUGUAGUCACAUUAUGGUACAGAGCACCGGAAUUGUUGUUACAGGCUCCCACUCAAACAACAAGUGUUGAUAUGUGGGCAGCAGGCUGUAUUUUGGGAGAACUUUUAGGACACAAGCCUCUUUUACCAGGGCGAUCAGAAAUACAGCAACUUGAGCUUAUUGUAGAUUUGCUUGGUACUCCAUCAGACGCAAUAUGGCCUGGCUUCAGCGAUCUUCCAGCACUCCAGAACUACUCACUGAAACAACAGCCUUACAACAAUUUGAAACAGAGGUUCCCUUGGCUUUCUGCUGCUGGUCUCCGUCUAUUGAACUUCUUGUUCAUGUAUGAUCCAAGGAAAAGAGCGACUGCUGAGGAAUGUUUACAGAGUAGUUAUUUCAAAGAACCUCCACAACCGUGUGAUCCCAAAUUGAUGCCAACCUUUCCUCAACAUAGAAACAUUAAGGGAAGCAAAACGAAUAAUGCAGAGUCUGCUAAUACCGGAGCUGGGGACCAAACAAACAACUUGCCAGCUAUAUCAGAUCUG